AACAACACAGACUCCCUCAAACAAAGUUAACAAACAUCAAACGAACGAAGACACAAACACAACAACGUAGUAGAACUUGUUUCAAACAAAACUCUUCUCUAUCUCUCUCACCGAUUCUCAAAGGUGAGGAAUUCAAAUCAAAAUUAAACAAAUUCAACCACAAUUUCUAGGGUUUUCAUCUUCAAUUUCCACAAUUACAAUUCAACAAAAUUUACGGUUUUGCGGAAAUUAAUAUAACAAAUAGAAGGCAGCAGAAUACUUCCUUUUUGAAUUGUAUGACUGUGUUAGGUAUUUUUCAUUAUGAGUGGUACACCUAAGAGAUCUCAUGAAGAGCCUGUUCAUCCAUCUUCGAAACACCCGCACGAAGAUGCGGGUACAUACCCCAAAUUGGUGUCGGCAUCAGUUUCCAAUGAGUAUCAUAUGCCUUAUGAUAUAGGGCAGGAUUCCCGAGCGGGAAAAGUACCCCGUGAUGCAGAUAGAAGAUCUCCUCUUCAUUCAAUGUAUCGGAUGCCGCCGUCAUCUUCUAGUGAUUCUCAUGCCGAUCAUCCUGUUGGUCCUGAGAAGAGGCUAGAAUCAAGGGACUCCAAGGAAAAUAGAGAUCUACGGUUUGAGAAUCGUGAUACGAAGACAGAGAAGAAGGAGUUUAUUGGCGAAGUAAGAAAGGACCCUCAGAGCGGUAAAAGUGAAAAGGAUGCACAUGUUGAAGGCAGAGGAGAUGAUAAUAAGGAUGUUAGACACGAUCGAGAUAGUCAUAAUGAUUCAAAAGGUGAUACUAAGACUGAAAAGGAUGGCUAUAAUGUGGCUAGUGGCCUCCAUUUGGAUUGGAAAGAUUCAAAAGAAUACCAUAGGGGGAAAAUAUAUUCCGAUUCUCCUGGAGCAAGUUUGGAACCCUGGCAUAUGUCACGUGGAAAUACUCAAGGUUCACUUGAGGUUGGAAAGGAGAGUUCAUCUGCAGAACAAAGAGAGUUCAGCAGGGAUGCUCACGAAGCUGUUGGGGAGAACAAAAUUGAUUCUAAAGGUGAUGAUCGAUCUAAAUUUAAAGAUAUAAAACGAAAGGAUGUGAAGCAUCGGGAUUGGGGGGAGAAGGAAAAGGAAAAGGAGAAGGAAAGAAGUGAUCGUAGAAACAAUGCACCAGUUUGCAACACGAGUGGUGACUUCAAAGAAUCUAUGAAUGAUCGUAGAAACAAUGCACAAGUUAGCAACACCAGUGGUGACUACAAAGAAUCUGUGAAGCAAGAUAGAGAUGUGGAAAUGUGGGAGAGGGAGAAAAAAGAUCUUCCCAAAGAAAAGGAAAAUUUAAAAGAAAGGGAAAAAGAUCAGAUGAAGAGGGAAUCGUGGAAUGGAGCAGAGAAAGAUGUUUCAAAUAAUGCGAAGGAACCUGUUGACGGAUCAGCCAAGCUUCCUGAACAAGAAAUUGUGUUACCAGAGCAGAAGAAACAAAAAGAUGCUGAUAGCUGGAAAAAUGUCGAUAAAGAAGCUAGAGACAACAAGAGAAAAGAAAGGGAAGCUGAUUUAGUAGGAGACAAGUCUGAUAAGCACAGUAGGUGCUUCGAUAAGGAAUCAGAUGAUGGAUGUGCUGGUGGGGAAGGGGCAAUAGAAAAGGAGAGGGAAGUCUAUAACUAUAGUGCUCAGCACCGUAAAAGGAUACAAAGAUCACGGGGGAGUCCUCAGGUGCCUAAUCGGGAGCCUCGUUUCAGAUCCCGCACCCAAGACAAUGAAGGGUCUCAAGGUAAAGUAGAGGUUUCUUUUGUUGCUUACAAAGUUGGUGAAAGCAUUCAAGAGCUUACAAAGUUGUGGAAAGAAUAUGAAUCGUCCCAAUCUCAAAUUGAAAAAAAUGGUGAAAGCUCUAAUAAUGGCCCCACUUUGGAAAUUCGGAUACCAUCUGAGUAUGUUACUGCUACAAACCGCCAAGUCAGAGGUGGCCAGCUUUGGGGGACCGAUGUGUACACAUAUGACUCAGAUCUUGUUGCUGUUCUCAUGCAUACAGGUUACUGUCGCCCAACAGCAUCUACACCUCCUGCAGCCAUACAAGAGUUACGCGCAACCAUUCGGGUGCUACCUCCAAAAGAUUGCUAUAUUUCUACACUGAGAAACAACGUUCGUUCCCGUGCUUGGGGUGCUGCAAUUGGCUGCAGUUAUCAAAUUGAACGGUGUUGCAUUGUGAAGAAAGGAGGUGGAACUAUUGAUCUUGAACCUUGCCUUACACAUACAUCAACGAUUGAGCCCACCCUUGCUCCAGUGGCUGUGGAGCGGACAAUGACUACCAGGGCCGCAGCUUCGAAUGCAUUGCGGCAGCAAAGAUAUGUUCGAGAAGUUACAAUUCAAUACAAUCUUUGCAAUGAGCCUUGGAUCAAAUAUAGUAUAAGCAUUGUAGCUGACAAGGGUCUAAAGAAGCCACAAUACACAUCUGCUCGAUUGAAAAAGGGAGAAGUUUUGUAUUUGGAGACGCAUAUGUCCAGAUAUGAGCUUUGUUUUGCGGGAGAGAAAUUGGUCAAGCCUACACCAGCAGCUCAGGCACAUGACUCAGGCGCAGAAAAGUCUCAAAAUCACCAUCCACAAUCUGCAAAUGGUGAAAAAAGUGAGCCUGAUCAUAUCUUGAUUGAUGCAUUCCGAUGGUCUCGUUGUAAGAAGCCUCUGCCACAGAAAGUGAUGCGCACGAUUGGCAUCCCUCUACCUCUUGAACAUGUUGAGAUGUUGGAGGAGAACUUGGACUGGGAAGAUAUACAAUGGUCACAAACUGGCGUUUGGAUUGCAGGAAAAGAGUAUACCCUUGCAAGGGUGCAUUUCUUGUCAAUGAAUUAAUUUUUCUUUCUUUGGGGGAUUCUAUUUAUGUUUUUUCUCGUCUUUCGGAGAAUGAUAGUGGGAUUCGAUUAAAUGUAUACUACUUUAUUGGAAAGAUAUUGCCUCGUGUAACUGAAGCAGUCAUAGUUCAUGUAUUACAGUUAUUGACUUGAGACCAAUAAAAAUUGAUUUAUGUUAUGAAUA